AUGGCUGGACCUGACAAGGACCGCGUUUUCAAGGAGCACGCAAGCACUCACCCUCACACCAACAGCUCCAAUUCCAGGGACACAUCUUUCUCUGGUCAUGUGACUGGCUUCCGCUGUUCGCACUGCUGGAUUCAUCUCUGCAAAGAUCUAGACAUCCACGCCUUCGAUGUGAGACAUAAACGUCUUGCCACUACUCAGAAUCGGGGGAUAUCUGUAUACGGCCUGGCUAAGUCUGCUGCCUUUGCAAGACGGUUUCACGGCGAAAGCCCUGUGGACUGGACUGCUAUCCCCAGACCCAGCCAUCUGCCCAUGCCACCAAAACGAAACUAA